UGUAAUUGUAAAAGAAGGAAAAACGCACGCAAAAAAUGAGCAGCAAACAAAUGCAUUAAGAAACAAAUAGAAAAUUUGUGUCUGCUUCAAUAUAGUACGCAAAUUGCUGCAUUACACAAGCGGAGUGCGAAACACAAACAACUAAGUGCCAUCAAAACAAUAUCCAAAUGUAAUUUUUUGUCGCGGGUCUCUCGUUCUUGUCGUCGACGUCGUUAUAUUGUUUGUGUAUGCGUGUUUUGGCCAUUAAAUGUUUAAAGAAAACACACGAGAAACUUUGCAACAGAACGAAAUUUGAUAUAUUCAUAUAUAUGCAUACUAUAUGUGUAUAGAGAGGACACGUGGAGCACAGACAGAAAAAACACACUGAGGGCCAACAGACAUUGUGUUGGGGCUCUGCGGUUGACGUGCGGUCAUCCCCUCACACCACUCUAGCAGAGAAGGCACCGCCAUAAUCGUUCAAUGACAGCUCACACAGUCGCAGCCGCGACGCUGACGACGACAGCAGCUGUAAACGCGUGCAGUUAACGCUUAUCAGCCGCCCCAUAAUAGAAGCGAGAUAAGAAUUAGGCAGCGACGCUCCUACAAAGAGGUGCAGCGACGACUGAGGAGCAAUCGAAAAAAUAUUGCAGAGGCGCAGUGCCAGGAAGAUUUGGUGCUGUAUUUGGCAAAUCGUCUAAAAAGGAAGGCGAACUGACCGCAGCAAAUGAAGUUGCAGAAACAAUUGAACUCAACACAGACGCUGGCUUUUGGACAUAUUCUUUUUGCGACAUCGCUGUUUUAGUUGUUGCUGGUCAACAACAACGGCAACACCUAACAGCUAAACAACAAACAAGAGAAUCUGCAAGACCUGCAAGAACCUCAAGAACCCCUAGUUAAACCAUAUAUCGGUGACAAGCUACGAGAAAAAGAGAUAUAAAAAAGCCAAGCAAACCACACGCCUACUGCUACAACUAAUUAGCCAGUACAAUAAAAACAAAAACAAAAGCAAAUAUAAUAAUAACAGCAACACAAUAUCAAACGGUUCCAAGGCAACCGCACAAAAAUGGUGAAGACCUUUCAAGCCUACUUACCGUCCACAAAUCGGACCUACUCAUGUGUUCAUUGCCGUGCCCAUCUCGCCUCUCACGACGAGCUCAUCUCAAAGUCCUUUCAGGGCAGCCAGGGGCCGGCUUAUCUCUUCAACUCGGUGGUGAAUGUCGGCUGCGGCCAGACAGAGGAGCGUGUCCUGCUCACGGGUCUUCAUGCCGUUGCCGAUAUCUAUUGUGAUUGCUGCAAAACGCCUCUGGGCUGGAAGUACGAGCAUGCCUAUGAGUCCAGUCAGAAAUAUAAAGAGGGCAAGUUCAUUAUAGAACUGGCCCACAUGAUAAAGGAGAAUGGCUGGGAUUGAAAGCAAAGAUAUCAAUAGAGAAUCGGAGAGAGUGUGUGAGAGAGAGAUUGGAGAGAGAGAGAGAGAGAGAGAGAGAGAGAGCAGCAUGCAUGGGAUUUGAGCAGCCGAUACAUGGGCAUGAAAAUGGUUAAAAUGUGAAAGAAAAACGCGUUGCAGUGGGGAUCCAAGGAGCGGAUGUUAGGCAAACGGUGGCUAAAGGAUAUGCAACGGUGUUGGCCGGCAAGAUGGACUGACUGGACACAAUCGGAAGGAAGGAAGUUGGCAGUCUUGAAUCGCGAAUGUUUUAGGGUACCACAACAUAUAUAUGUAUACUAUUAUAUAGUACAUAGCUCGUCGUAUCUUAUAGAAGAACAACAGAACAUAAAACUAGCAAAACACUAAAACAUGCCAACACACACACACACGUGCAACAAACAUAAUCAUACAAAUUCCAAAUUCCAAAUUCACACACACACACACACAUCCAUCCUCUAUGCAGGCUCCUCAAAUGCUGUUUUCCUUACUAAUACGCAUGCUUGUGUGUGUGAGAGAGAUCUUGAGCCUGAGGGAAAGAGAGAGAGAGAGAGAUCUACAAGGGCUGUGAGUAGCAACAGGAUGCGAAAAGGAUGCAAAAAAAGCACAGCGCCGCCAGCUGGUCAUUCGAUCCUCCCCAAUCAACUACAGUGAAAACUCAAUUCAUAGUCGCGAAUCUAAUUCGGAUAUAGAUUUAGAUUCAGAUAUGACCAGUACCCAGUACUUUCGAUAUAACUUCUUCUUCGUAAUAAUGCCAAGGUUGGUUUUUAAAACUAAUUACAUGCUAAACAAUUUCUUGUGCAAGUAUAUCCUCUAUAUGGCUGUUCAAUCAAAUCGUGGUUUUGAACUAUAAGUCAAUCCCAUAGCUCAGAAUUCCUAUAGAGUAAGAUGAUGCGUCAGUUCUACAUACAUACAUACAUAUGUCUUCAAAAGUGAUUCCAUGAUUUUCAAACUCUCUGUGCAUAAAUAGACAGUUUUUUGCGAUAGGCCUAUGGCAUAGGCAUAUUCCCCUGAAAUAUUUCUCUAAUUAAAGCAAAAGCAAGGGACAACAAUUUCUAAUGAACAGCGUGAAAUUUAUCUGCAAAUGCAGCUACAUACUAUAUAUUUUCACUGUUAUAUACAAACAUACAUGCAUACAUACAUACAUACAUGCCUGUCCAUAAAUAAAGAGCCCUCCACAGUUUUCUUUCUUUUUUU